CAAGAAACGUUGAUCAUCGAUAGCAAUGGGAAUUCACGGCUGGACACCAACACCGGCGAUGGCAAUGAAGAUUCAUCGGCGGACGGCAACGACGUCGGCGACGGUAAGCGCUUCUACUGCGCCAAGUGCAUGCAUGUGGUGCCAUGCGCAUGUAUACGGCGCAGCUUCACCUCGUGCGCCCAUGACUUCUGCUCGAGCUGUGUUUCUCGUCGACUGCAAGGACGGCGCGGCGACGGCGGCAAGCACUUCUACUGCACCAAAUGCAUGCAUGUCGUGCCAUGUGCAUGUAUACGGCCCAGCUUCACCUCGUGCGCCCACGACUUCUGCUCCAGCUGUGUCGCUCGUCCAACUUCCCAAGCGCAAGGACUGCGCCGCCGAGCCGGAAAGAUGCCACAGCAUCAGCCCCCCGUGGACAUGUUGCUGUUAACCGAGGGCAAUGGAGAUUCGCCGGUCGACGGCCACGGCGAGCUCUUCGACUGCGCCAUCUGCAUGGAGACGGUGCCCGGCGCCCUCAAGUUCAUCAUCAACUCGUGCGGCCACGCCUUCUGCUCCAGCUGCCUCGCCCAAUACGUGGCCGCGAAGCUGGACGACAAUGUCUGUCCCAUCGAAUGCCCGCAGCCAGGCUGCGAGGGCGGCACCGUCGAGCCGGAGAGCUGCCACGGCAUCAUCCCCACGGACCUCCUCGACAAGUGGGGUUUGCUGCUAUGCGAGCUCGCGGUCGGCUCCAAGAGGAUAUACUGCCCGUACCUAGAGUGCUCGGCGCUCUUGCUCGCCGACGGCGAGGCUGGGGCGGCGGCCAUCGCGGAGGCGGAGUGCCCGCACUGCCACCGGCUUUUCUGCGCCCGGUGCGCCGUACCGUGGCACGACGGCUUCGGGUGCGACGAGUUCCAGAAGAUCGGGCAGGACGAGCGCGGCCGGGAGGACCUCUCGCUCCGGCGUCUCGUCGGCAGGGAGGGCUGGCAGCGGUGCCCCAAGUGCCAGAUGUUCGUGGAGAAAUCGGAAGGGUGCAAUUACAUCAAAUGCAGGUGUGGAUACAGCUUCUGCUACCGAUGCGCAUCCGAGUUGUCCGCGCAAAACCAUUACUGCAACAAGUGCAAGCGCUAAUAACGAUCUGGUUGGCUAUGGAGGGACGGUUCUUAAUUAACACCAAGCA